AUGAAGUAUGCAAACGAGUGGUAUAAAAUUUACAAAAGCGGAGGAGGGGGGGGGAUGCGGCGCUUUGUAAUGUUCAUCUCUUUACAUCUUUAUCAUCCUUUUGUUUGUCUUCUUUCUGAUAUCUGGUCUUUUUUCUUAUUUAAACAAUUUGCUUCUUCCCAUCAUACAUUGAUCAACUGGUAUACUUUUCAAAGGCAAGUGAUAUUUUCACUACAGCCUUCACGAUGGCAGAUGCAGGGAAAAAAAGUCUUCAAGUUUUUGAGUUAA